ACCUCUCUUUUUCGGUAUCUCUCUUUCUUUGACUCCCCCUCCUCUUCCUCCUCUUCCCUCGGUCGCUCAGGGAUUGAGGGAGAAUGUGAGUAAAGCAAAAGAGGCAGGCGUGUUUUAACAGAUGGCUCUUGCCGUCCCGAUUCAGCCAGCUCACUGCCUCUGGUACAGCUCGAACAGAGAGAGAGAGAGAGAGAGAGAGAGAGCGCGCAAGGUAGUUCAGGAAAUUGAAACCGCUUCAGUUCGAACUUUUCUUUUUUUCACUAGUCUCAUUUAAAACUUUCAGUCCAGCCUCUCUCGCUCUCACUUCUGUGUUGACAGACACUUGAAAACUUGACAAACUUUGCAGCAAUGCAGUGACCAGAGUGCAACAGGCUGCAGGAAGACAGAUUUCAGGACAGAAGAGGAAAAGUGCCCCCCUCCCCUUCCAAAUCCCUCCCAAGCCAGACCGGCUCACUGGUUUGGGGUCUCCGCCGCAGGACAGAAGGGGACAAACUGCCACCUGCCUCCCCUGCAGCUGUGUGUGAGAACAAGGUGGAACCAGACACAACUAGAACAGCUGUGAGCCUGAUACUCUGGACUGGCAGUGUACGUAUAUGGUUUGUGCAUCUCCACUGGUUGUCUGGAGAAGAAAUCAUCUCAUCAUUAUUUGGUGUCACAAGGUGAAAUCAGCAUAGUGUGAGCGGGAGCCCUGAGGGUCAGCGGUUGCGCUUAUAGUUUGUGGCCAUGGCGACGCAGGGGCCGGCGGCCCGGCUCUUGGUGCUGCUGGCUGUGUUGGCGGUGGCUCAUGCUUCCGUCUUCCUGUCUAAUCAGAGACUGAAACCUCGGUUCCAGCGAGACCGGCGCAACAUCCGCCCCAACAUCAUCCUCAUCCUCACCGAUGACCAGGACAUUGAAUUGGGCUCCAUGCAGGUCAUGAAUAAGACCCGGCGGAUCAUGGAACAAGGUGGAACGCACUUCUCCAAUGCGUUUGUCACCACGCCCAUGUGCUGUCCGUCACGCUCCUCCAUGCUGACGGGGAAGUACGCCCACAACCACAACACCUACACCAACAACGAGAACUGCUCUUCACCCUCCUGGCAGGCCCAACAUGAGCCGCGCACUUUUGGAGUGUACCUCAACAACACUGGAUACAGGACAGCGUUUUUUGGGAAGUAUCUGAACGAGUAUAACGGUACGUACAUUCCUCCGGGCUGGAGGGAGUGGGUCGCAAUGGUGAAGAAUUCCCGCUUCUACAACUACACCCUGUGCAGGAAUGGUGUCCGAGAGAAACACGGAUUUGAAUACUCAAAGGACUACCUGACAGAUCUCAUAACCAAUGACAGCAUCAGUUACUUCCGCAUGUCAAAGAAGAUCUACCCACACAGACCCAUCAUGAUGGUGAUCAGUCACGCCGCCCCUCAUGGCCCUGAGGACUCGGCCCCUCAGUACACCACUGCUUUCCCCAAUGCUUCACAGCACAUAACGCCCAGUUAUAACUACGCCCCUAAUCCAGACAAACACUGGAUUAUGCGUUACACCGGCCCCAUGAAGCCCAUUCAUAUGGAGUUCACCAACAUGCUGCAGCGCAAGAGACUGCAAACGCUGCUGUCCGUGGAUGAUAGUGUGGAGAAGAUAUAUAACAUGUUGGUGGACACUGGGGAGCUGGACAACACGUAUGUGAUCUACACGGCUGACCACGGAUACCACAUCGGUCAGUUCGGACUGGUCAAGGGGAAAUCCAUGCCCUACGAGUUCGACAUCAGAGUUCCCUUUUACAUCCGCGGCCCAAAUGUGGAAGCAGGAGGCAUCAACCCGCACAUCGUGUUGAAUAUAGACUUGGCCCCCACCAUCCUGGAUAUUGCAGGGAUUGAUGUUCCACCAGACAUGGAUGGCAAGUCCAUCCUCAAGCUCCUGGACACAGACCGUAUAAUGAACAGGUUCCAGCUCAACAAGAAAGGAAAAGUGUGGAGGGACUCGUUCCUGGUGGAGAGGGGGUGA